AUUGUUCGGUUCAAGGAAAUGAAGAAUUCAGAAUAAUUUUGGUAAAUGGAUUCCAAUAUGGGGAAUAAGAAUAAGCUGAACAGUUGACCUGCUUUGAAGAAACAUAUUGUCUAUUUAUCUAAAAUAAUCUAUAACAAUCAAACCAAUCAAAAUGAAUUCAACAUUAUUUUCCCAGGUUGAAAAUCAUUCAGUCCACCACAAUUUUUCAGAGAAGAAUUCCCCAUUUUUGGCUUUUGAAAACGAUGAUUGUCAUCUUCCCUUGGCCAUGAUCUUUACCUUAGCUCUUGCUUAUGGAGCUGUGAUUAUUCUUGGGGUCUCUGGAAACCUGGCCCUGAUCAUAAUCAUCUUGAAACAAAAGGAGAUGAGAAAUGUUACCAACAUCCUGAUUGUGAACCUUUCCUUCUCAGACCUGCUUGUUGCCAUUAUGUGUCUCCCUUUCACGUUUGUCUACACCUUAAUGGACCACUGGGUCUUCGGUGAGGCUAUGUGCAAGUUGAAUCCCUUCGUGCAAUGCGUUUCAAUCACCGUGUCCAUUUUCUCUCUGGUUCUCAUUGCCGUGGAGCGACAUCAGCUGAUAAUCAACCCACGAGGAUGGAGACCAAAUAAUAGACAUGCUUACAUAGGUAUUGCUGUCAUUUGGGUCCUUGCUGUGGCUUCUUCUCUGCCCUUCUUGAUCUAUCAAGUGUUGACUGAUGAGCCAUUCCAAAAUGUGACACUCGAUGCAUUCAAGGACAAGUACGUGUGCUUUGAUAAAUUUCCAUCGGACUCACAUCGAUUGUCUUACACCACUCUCCUCUUGGUGCUGCAGUAUUUCGGUCCACUCUGUUUUAUAUUUAUUUGCUACUUCAAGAUAUACAUACGCUUAAAAAGGAGAAACAACGUUAUGGACAAGAUGAGAGACAAUAAGUACAGGUCCAGUGAGACCAGAAGAAUCAACGUCAUGCUGCUGUCCAUUGUGGUAGCAUUUGCCAUCUGCUGGCUGCCCCUUACCAUCUUUAACACUGUGUUUGAUUGGAACCAUCAGAUCAUUGCUACGUGCAACCACAACCUGUUAUUCCUGCUCUGCCACCUCACAGCAAUGAUAUCCACCUGUGUCAACCCCAUAUUUUACGGAUUCCUGAACAAAAACUUCCAGAGAGACUUGCAGUUCUUCUUUAACUUUUGUGAUUUCCGGUCUCGGGAUGAUGACUAUGAGACCAUAGCCAUGUCCACCAUGCACACGGAUGUUUCUAAGACUUCUUUGAAGCAAGCAAGCCCAGUCGCAUUUAAAAAAAUCAACACUGAUGAUAAUGAAAAAAUCUGAAACUGCUUGUAGCAUAUGGUCCCAGAUGACAUCUGUUUAAAAACAAGCACAACCUGUAACAGACUUUCAUUACCCGUUCUCCCAAGGAAUGGGGUUGAAAUCAUUUGAGAAAGACCAGGUUUUCUUGUCUUGCUUUUUACUGCUUUUGCUAUAGUGUCAUGAUUUCAUUUGGAACAAAAGGCAUGGACUUUGGAGUCUUCUGGCAAUAGUUUUGAUCAGACAUCUUUGAAGUGCUUUUUUGUGAACUUAUGCAUAUUAAUAUGAAGACUUUUGUACUGUAUUUAUUGGAAUGAAAUUUCUUCAGAGUAUUACUAU